GCGACAUCGCCGUAAAGCGCGGCCGGCGGCGGGGAUGGCGGCUGUAGGGGUUGUGCGGGCCGUGAGGGCGGGCGGCUGCCGCUAUGGAUGCCGCUAUGGAUGCUGCUAUGGAUGCUUCUCCUCUACUGUGUCCUCCGGCGGCGGGGAGCGGCCGAUCGUCCCGCUUGUAACACAGAGGCCGCGGUUCUGUCCCCCCGCCGGCUCCCGCAGGGACUGGAUCGGGCCCCCAGACAAGCGCUCUAACCUCCGCCCCGUCAUCUUUUACGUGUCGCCUCACGAGACCCCGCUGGAACGGCGGCUGCGGGAGCUGCGGGAGGAGACACAGGAGUGGAACCAGCGCUUCUGGGCCCGGCAGAACACCGCCUUCAGGACGGAAAAAGAAGAAUUUAUCUACUCAAGGCUGAAAGCCAAGGGUCUGGAAACGAGAGAUGAAACAGGCCAGAAGGUGACACUGAAUGCAGAGGAAAUGGCUGACUUUUACAAGGACUUCCUACGUAAAAACUUUAGAAAGCAUAUGCAUUAUAACAGCUGCUCGUGUUAACUGGUACAAGCUGGAUACCCAUUGGAUGCCUUUUCUUACACUGACGGGGAAGGAAGGCACAGUGAUUUUUUCCCCUGCUAAUGUACUCUGGUUCUCAUCCUUAUGGCUGGCUCAGGUUCAGGAGGGCCUGAAACAGCAGGAGACAGCAAGAAUGACGAUGAGCAUUGCUUGGCUGCUGGGACUGCUGGCAAGUAGUUAACAUUUAGCAUAAAUUUGAGCAGUCCUGAAACUGCUUUGAUGGACCGUGAGUGGCAAGAGUUUCCAGCAGCCCCCAUACCUGUCAAAAAUUACUGGCGUUCAGCAGUGGUCUGUUCACACAACCGCCUCCAGCGGAUCUACGGAUAUGAUUCAGCUGCAGAACUGGCUGUGAUAACUUUCAUCAGCUGAGCCAGAGCACAUCAACAGGCGAGGUGCAAGAUUCAGAAUCAUGAGGAAUUCAGGUCACUGUUCGUAUCACAUUGCUAAAGAACUUUGUUGACUAAUUUUAGCUCCAUCUUUGUUUAAAAAAACAAACAAAAAACACCUCACCCCAGAAAACAUUCACACAGUGUUCGAUGUAUAGAAAACAUUGGCUGUUUUUAAAGAGAUCUGGAGAAGUUGCAGAUUUUAAUGUCAAGAACAGAUUGAAAGUCUAGAUUCUUUUUCCAAUGAAGACAAAAGAAAAUGUCUUCAAGAUGUCUUUUAUUUGCCAAAAUAUUACAUAUCUAAUAUAACAUCUGGAAAUCCUACAGUUUCCUUGGGCCUCAUGAAAUUUUUACCAUGAAGAACAGGACAAAAUACUCAGCUAUCUAUGAUAUGAGUAAAUAGCCACAGGUGCUAAUUUAUGUUAAAGGAGAAUUUGGCUCACUUCAAAGAUGAAGAAUCAGCUCUGCUGUAGGAUGUUAUAGAGCAGUUUUAAUUGAAACAGUAGAAAUUGAUGCUUCGCUGCUUCUUUCUAAUGCUCCUUUUGCUGUUGGAAAAAGAGGGGUAUAUUUGGUGUGACACCUGGAGACUUGCCAAGCGUGCUGAAUAGUUACCACAGCAUUGCAGCUAUACAUCUGAUUGAACUACAUUCUGUAGUCAUAGAACUGAGUAAACCAGGCUGAUGCUGAUAGAAUCUGACGGAAAGGUAGGUGUUGAACAGAGCAUUUUUCCAUCUUGGGAAGGUUUUCCUCUGUCUUUUGAAUUGCAAGGUUCUUACUUUCUUUUAAAAGCAGCAAAGAUUCUUAUUAUCUAGGGCCUUGAGUAUAAUUUAUAGGCAUUAUCCAACCACCAUGUAGAACCUGAUGCUCGGUUUCAUCCGUAAUUAAUAAUUUCAACUUUUAGUUCUUGUAUGCAUUUACAUGUAAAUUAGAAAGGCAAUCUCAAUUAUUUACAGUAUGAACUUCGUUAUAAGGCACUGCCCAUUAGUUUUCAUGAGCAAAAAAUCAAAGUGAAAGAAGGGAUAGCAAAGGAACAGCAUUCCAUUCUGCAAAGCAACUGGGAUGGGAAAAGGCAAAUGCAGGAACUGUUUGUUAAAGGUACUUAAGAGUGUUUUCUGCAUGCAGGCAUUAUAAACCUGGCAGUAAUGUCUUUAUGGUUUUAGAGUUAAUUGUAAGGAUGUGGGGCAUGUUAAAUUGCUGCUCACAAUAGAACAGUUUACUGGGUGGAUUUCUGGUCAGCGUUACAUGCUGAUGAAAGAAGAUAGUUCUGUAUGAGUCACAAGAGUUUUCAAACAUAUGGUCAUGGUGUAUUGUUGGCCCUUUAGCUGGUAGUAACAAGCAUGACACUGUAUAGGCAGUAGAUUCACUUUCAUGGCUAAUUUGUUCAUAUCAGUUGUUCCCAAAUUUCUCAUAGUGUUUAUUAAGGCAUGUUUCAGUUCCUGUUUACAGUAUGUUAUUUUCAAUAACUGGGGUUUGAUAAACUGAGUAAAACUGCACUCACUACUGAAGCAAUUUCAAUCUGUUUUAAGCUUUCAUUGAAAAAACAGGCUUUUAAAUAUUUGGGAAUAAUUUUGUUAGAAUAUUACAGAUUCACAGUCUAGAACACUGCAGGUGGCGUGUUCCAGCAAUUCCCUGGAAUUUCCCCACAGGACUUGUUGUCUGAUGUGACUGAGUGAACCAUGUAUGUAAGCAAAGUGCUUCUAGCAGCCCAGCUGUUUCAGAUGAUGAUGUGUUUUAGAGGGCCCUUGUGGCAUAGAUUUCUUUUUUCCCUUGAAAAAAAAUUACUAAAAGCUUUAUUUUCUGUGAACUGAAUUAUAAACAGCUGGUCACCAAAGACAAAGGUCAAAGAAUCCUGCUUUUAAUACCGAUUAUUUCUUCUCCAAUUAUUUAUUCUCCAAUUAUUUCUUCUCUGAAGCAGAAGUGUAGCCUCAGAAUAUCUCUGAUGACUGGCAUGCUGAUGACAUAACUGCCUUUUCCCUAGCCAGUUUCUGCAUAGAUUGCUGUGCAUAGAUUGCUUUGCUAGUGCAAAGCAAUUGGUCUAUUAUUGGUCUCUUAAACACCAAUACACGGAUGUAUGAGGAAUCCCUCUAUUCAGAAGAAGAAAUAAACUGCUACAAGGCUGGUUUA